AUGACACCGAAUUGUAGCGACCCAACUUUACGCUACACAAUCAAGGAUGAUACUAUAAUUGAAGAAACCCUUAGGGAGUGCAGCGACUUUAAGACUGCCGAGUAUGUUCAAACUAAGAGCAUAUCACUUGACAAGAUUCUACCAAGAGAAAAGUGGCUGUGGACGGACGAACGUUCCCAUGUCAGUGCAUCAAUUGCUAGGAUCGGACAAUUGUUGGUGAUAUUUGGCAUGCACUGUACAGGGGGCCAGAGCUGCUGUGGACAGGAAGAUACUAAUGUGACCAUAAUAUUCAACAUGGUUGACAAUACUAGUCGUGUAACCAUAUCGGCCGAGGUGCCCCCAAGAGUUGGACAGACAGUUACGCGCAUAGGAGAUCUCCUUGUCCUGCACGGCGGAGAACAUUGUUCUUGCCAUCGAGCAAAGUUCCCCGAAAACAUCUGCCAAUACGAGGUGCCACUUGUAGACAAAUAUAAUGACACAUAUACGCUGGAUGUAGAUGAGUGUAGGUGGAAGAAAUUGACAACGCACAAUCCUCCACCUCCUUCAUCUGGCCAUGAAGCACGAGAGCUGGGCACAUCUCAGCUCCUUAUCUGGGGAGCUGAUCUGUCUACUCCAUACGUCCUUGACCUUGUAUCUCUGGAGUGGAGCCCCAAGCCGAUGAUGUCUCAAGCCUUCAAAAGCUCGAUAAGAAGCAUCCAGUCCACUGAUUACCUACAUAAAGAUUCGCUGGACGAGUACAAAAACGAAGGCCUGAGAUACAGAGAACAGAUGCAAACUAAGAGACGCCAACGCAAGCUCAUAUAA